AUCUGACACCUCCUUUACCUCCUAAAAUGAAACAUGUUUCUAAACGAACUGUAGAGAAGCGUGUAUCCUAUGCACCAAACGAGGUCACAGUUCUGGGUCCCAAGGGUCCUCAAAUAACCGAGUCCAGGGGACCUCAAGAAGCUGAGGCCAGAGGACAAAGAGGCCCCAGGGAGGUUAGAGAGGAGGAUAAUUUAUCCAAGAGUGGAGGGGGGCCAACAUCAUUCAAUCUUAAAUGUGAAAAUAAAUCUCGUCAGAUCCGCCCUAGCUCUCACCUACCCCCCGUUGAGCCCCCAGGGUCUGGUCCCGCCCCUUGUAUCCCGGAUGAGGAUUAUCUGGACGCCCCUGACGAUUCUCUGGAGGCCCCCAUCCUCCCUUCGGUUCAAGAUUUGAGAUCUAUGUUUCAAGCUAAACCUUCAUCACAGCAGAGGAUGAAACCUCAGGUUAAGAAAGUGGAAAAGGUUCCAGCAAUGUUAAAGAUACCAACACCUCAGUCAUCAACAAAGUUUCAUCAGGUACACAGUUUAACCGCUAGAUCAGUCUCCAGGGAGUUCAGAGAAGGAUUGAAGGCCGGUCAACCUAGACCUACUGAUUCUAUAGUGAAACUCCCUGACAACAACAGAUAUGUACACAACAACAACAACAACAACAACAACAACAACAACAGUGUAACUAAGUCGUCUUCAGCUGUUGUUCUUCAGUCCGUUGAGGUCUCUUCAUCCUCUAAUUCCUCCAAAUAUACAAGAUCAGAGAACUACAGAAACCUAAGCCCUGAGUAUUCAGGGAUACCAGCUCUACCCCUCACAAUACCUUACAGAAGAGGAGAUCAUGAUACAGGAUAUACUAGCGAUGAUAGUUUAAACCAUUCUCCGGAUAAUAGAAGAUCACCUAGCAGAGAGAAAAGAUCCUCUGUAAAGAACAAGGGGCGAAGCUCUCCUCAUAGCCGGGGACCUGCCGCUGGCGCGAAGCGUCCAUCAGGAGCCCGCCAGGCAGGGGUUAUCCAGGCUUCAGGGUCCUGGCAGGCUUCAGAAGGGGGUCAACAACCAACUAGGAAGGAGUGGACUGUCUGGACAUAAGCAGGAGAAGAGGGAAGAAAAGGAAGAAGGAGAAGGAGGCAUUAAAAAAAAAGACAAAAAAUACACAAAUUAUUUUUAUUUUUUAAAUAUCUAAAAAAUCUUUUCAUAUAAAAAUAUGUGCUCUGUAAAAUAUGCAUAUAAGUGUAAUGAUAUAUGUAAAAUUCAUACUGGUUAUAUAACAGUAAACAAUCAUCUUACUAUUUUUUAUAUGUUUGUCUGACAUUUUUUAUCAUUGUACUACGAAAGAGCUUUUAUCAAUACUAAUAUUACUCAUCUUUUUAUCUGUUUAAAAAGGGACUGUCGUUGGAAUUUCAAUUGUUCUUACAUUUAAAAAGAAGCAUGUCCAAUUUACAACGGUACAUUUUAAACCAUGUUGUAAUCAACAAUGUAGGAGAUAUCGUCGUUAUUCAAGCCUAAAAUGUAAUUAAUUCUGACAAUUUGCUCCCUUGUAUCUAAUGUAAAAAGGGGCAAGGUACUUUAGAGAGAAGCUAUACAAAAGAAAAAUAUCAAUUUUCCAAGAGACGAGAAUGGAUAUCUUAUGCAUUGAUGAACAAACAACGCGUUCAUAGGUACUGUUGUGAAUCGAAAUUACUUCUACAGUCCCAUAGCUUUGUUUUAUCCUUGGUAAAAGGUUUUAUCUGUAAUAAAUAAAUCUUGCUUUAAA